CUCGCCCACUGUACCACGUGACUGCCACAUCCCAGGCGUUUGCUCUGGGUUCGCUUUCCGCACCUCUCAGUGGGUACCUUCUCUCCGCGCCCCUGGGUCCAGACCGGCCGGGCCCCGCCUCCUCCGGGGUCGGACGAUGGGCGGGGGAGGGGACGGACCGGUAAACGGGAGGCCGGCCCAGGGCUGGGCCGCCUCUGCCAGCGCAGCGGUGUACUCUCAUCCCCGCACAGCAGAGGACGCGCCGCGGGACCUCUUCGCGCCGGACCGGGGAGGUAAAAGUACAGCUCUUCGGACCAAGUCUUCGUCAAACCAUCUCUAACCCAGAUAUCUGGGAGCAGGACCUAUCAGUAGAUGAGCUGCCACCACCACCCUCCCUACCACCCGGACAGAUGGUGAAACUGAGGCCUGGACACCAGAGAGGACUUGAUUAUCUCGGUUUUUAAAAUCACACGCCUGGUUAAGUACAAGUCAGGACCUAAGUUGGCUGAUUACCAUCAGGCUUGUAUCGGAGGGACGUCCACUGCUCUUGGACUCUUAGUAACUCACAUGGGAAGCUAUACCAGUGCUGCUGUUUAGUCGCCUGGGCCAUCCUGAUACCUUUUCUGGACUAAAAACUGCAGGAGGAUCCAGGCACUGAUGGAGAAGAAUCCUUGAAUGAUUUAUACUCUUGAGAAUUACUGUACUCAGUGAAUUAUUUGUUUUGACUUGGCUCUUUGUGGUCUGAUUCUUUUUUUUCCCCCUGACCAAGACAAAUGAGGUUUAACUAAGGAAAGUGAAUAUAAGAUACCUACCCCAAAACUUAACUCUCGUGAAUGACAAGUAGAACUGUUAAAAUGUGCGAGCACUAAGAAUUACUUAAUCAGUUAACCGUGGUAUUUUCUCUGGGGUAGGAGGCUGAAGCAUCUAUCUCCAGAAAUGUCUUCAGACAGUACAGAGAAACGUGAUCUUCCACCCAAGGACUCAGUUGAAGGAAAUGACCAACACACUCAUCCAUCUAGGAUCCACCUGGAGCUUGAAAAGGAAUCAAGUACUGACUUCAAGCAAUCUGAGGCCAAUGAUCAAUGCAGACAUUACCCUAGGAUCCACAUGGAACCUCAAGAAAAAUCAAAUACUAACUAUAAGCAAUUUGUCAUCAAAAAACUACGGAAGAGUUGCCAGUGCAGCCCCGCCAAAGCAAAAAAUGUGAUUUUUGGUUUCCUUCCUGUUUUGCAGUGGCUCCCAAAAUAUGAUCUGAAGAGAAACAUUUUAGGAGAUGUGAUGUCUGGCUUGAUUGUGGGUAUCUUGUUGGUGCCCCAGUCCAUUGCUUAUUCGCUCUUGGCUGGCCAAGAACCGAUCUAUGGUCUGUACACGUCUUUUUUUGCCAGCAUCAUUUAUUUCCUCCUGGGGACUUCCCGUCACAUCUCGGUGGGCAUUUUUGGAAUACUGUGCCUUAUGAUUGGUGAAGUAGUUGACCGAGAACUCAACAAAGCUGGCUAUGACUCUUCCCAUAUUGCCCCUACAUUAGGAAUGGUUUCAAAUGGGAGCACAUUAUUAAACCAUACAUCAGGCAGGAUAUGUGACAGAAGUUGCUAUGCAGUUAGAGUUGGCAGCACCGUGACCUUUAUAGCUGGAGUUUAUCAGGUAGCAAUGGGCUUCUUUCAAGUGGGCUUUGUUUCCAUCUACCUCUCAGAUGCCUUGCUGAGUGGAUUUGUCACUGGUGCCUCCUUCACUAUUCUUACAUCUCAGGCCAAGUAUCUCCUUGGGCUCAGACUUCCUCGGAGUAAUGGUGUGGGCUCACUCAUCAAUACUUGGAUAUAUAUCUUCAGAAACAUCCAUAUGACCAAUCUCUGUGAUCUCAUCACCAGCCUUUUGUGCCUUUUGGUUCUUUUGCCAACCAAAGAACUCAAUGAGCACUUCAAGUCGAAGCUUAAGGCACCAAUUCCUACUGAACUCAUUGUCGUUGUGGCAGCCACAUUAGCCUCUCAUUUUGGAAAACUAAAUGAGAAAUACAAUACCAGUAUCGCAGGACAUAUUCCCACUGGGUUUAUGCCACCCAAAGCACCGGACUGGAACUUAAUUCCUAGUGUGGCUAUAGAUGCAAUAGCUAUUUCUAUCAUUGGUUUUGCUAUCACUGUAUCACUCUCUGAGAUGUUUGCCAAGAAACAUAGCUACACAGUCAAGGCUAAUCAGGAAAUGUAUGCCAUUGGCUUUUGCAAUAUCAUCCCGUCCUUCUUCUACUGCUUUACUUCUAGUGCAGCUCUUGCAAAGACCUUGGUUAAAGAAUCAACAGGCUGCCAAACUCAGCUUUCUGGUUUGGUGACAGCUCUGGUUCUUUUGUUAGUCCUCCUGGUAAUAGCUCCUUUAUUCUAUUCCCUUCAGAAAAGUGUCCUUGGUGUGAUCACUAUUGUAAAUCUCCGGGGAGCUCUAUGUAAAUUUAAGGAUCUGCCCAAGAUGUGGAGGGUUAGCAGAAUGGAUACAGUUAUCUGGUUUGUUACUAUGCUGUCCUCUGCACUGAUAAGUACUGAAAUUGGCCUGCUUAUUGGGGUUUGUUUUUCUAUGUUUUGUGUCAUCCUUCGUACUCAGAAGCCAAAAAGUUCAUUGCUUGGCUUGGUGGAAGAGUCUGAAAUCUUUGAAUCCAUGUCUGCUUACAAGAACCUUCAGGCUAAGCCAGGCAUCAAGAUUUUUCGCUUUGUAGCCCCUCUCUACUACAUAAACAAAGAAUGUUUUAAAUCUGCUUUAUACAAAAAUACUCUCAACCCAAUCUUAGUAAAGGCAGCUCAGAAGAAAGCAGCAAAGAGAAAGAUUAAAAAGGAAACAGUGACUCUCAGUGGAAUCCAGGAUGAAGUUUCAGUACAACUUUCUCAUGAGCCCUUGGAGCUCCAUACCAUAGUGAUUGACUGUAGUGCAAUCCAGUUUUUAGAUACAGCAGGGAUCCGUACACUGCAGGAAGUUCGCAGAGAUUAUGAAGCCAUUGGCAUCCAAGUUCUGCUGGCUCAGUGCAAUCCCUCUGUGAGGCAUUCCUUGGCCCGGGGAGAGUAUUGCAAAAAGGAAGAUGAAAACCUCUUUUAUAGUAUACAUGAAGCGAUGACCUUCGCAGAAGAAACUCAAAAUCAGAAAGGAAUAUGUAUUCCCAAUGGUCUGAGUCUUUCCAUUGAUCAACUGAAUAAGCAGAUGGAAGAAGAAUGUCUAGCCAAUAGCAACUUGCACAAUUGAAAUUUUAACCUAUUGGUGAGACAUUCUUUCUUUGAAGCCGAUAGCCUUUAUAGAUACACGAAUACAGUAGAACUUGUAGUUAGGCACAAUUGAAAAGAAGAAAAUAUGUGGUUUCAGGCUUUCUUGCAGCUGUGAGGUAUUCUUGGGAGUUAAAUAUCUAUUGAAUUGAACUGUGAAGUAGCCCUAAAACUUAAUGACUAUUCUCUUUUAGGAGAUAUGCAUUUGGACUCUCUUAAUUCUCCAGGAGGUAAAAGGGUAAAGUUGGCACUUACAUGAAAAGUGCUGGAGCCUACGUGAUAUGGCUCUUUGGAGGGAGCCUGGAAAGGAGGCAGGGAAAGAAUAUUGUGCCUGCUCUUGUACCAGCAGAUCAAGGAGCUUCUGGAGCACAAGGUAAUAACUAGACAAGUUUGUUCUUAUUCGUACUUCUCCAUAUCCAGUCUUUGCUCCCCGGAUGGCAAUAGGAUCUCUGGCUUUUUAAUAGGAAAGCACCAUUCCUUUCCUUAAGGCAGGGAACCACAGGCAGAGUCUCAUCAAGAGUCUGAUGGCUGGGCGUGUUUGUGAAGUCCUACCAGCCAGCUUCACAUUAUAUAGACCACUCUUUGUAAUUCAUUUGAUGAUUUUAGUUAUGCCUUUUUUUAAAGAGUAAGUAGGUAAGCCAAGAGCUUUUCAUAAUCAGUGAAAAUAAUGGGAAUCCUCUUUGUCUUUUCUGUGACCUCUGUCCCUGUUUCUGAGUAUUUCUCUACUAUACUGUAUUUUGAUUUUCAGUCAUUUAGUGUAUUGCCCAUGGAAACUGCUAUGUCUGAUUACUGGUGACAGGCUUGCCAGAUAAAAGGCAGAAUGCUGACUCUGCAAUUCUACACAGCAUUUUAAAUGAGCUUGAGGCAAACUGUUAAAGACAGAUUGCAUAAGGGAAUGAUUGACAGUUUCCCUUAAGAAUUUACUUAAUAGGGAAGUUUUUUCCCUUCCAUGGCAUUUUAACAAGGGUCGGCUGGGGAUUGACAAUCUUUCUCAAAUAGAAACUCCUGUUCCUCUGUUAGAAAAAUUUAUUGUAACCAGUGGAAAAGAAUGCACAGAAGCUUCCAAAGGAACAUCAAUAAUUAAUUUAUAGAUGUUGUAGUGAAAACAAAGCUAAUGCUUACUGCCAUGUACCCUAUUGAUUUAUAAUAAAUAUUGAUGACAGUGACAGCUUUUAACAAUUUGGGCUACCUAAACUAUUAUGCAGGAGGAUUUAGAAGCAUCACAUUCAUAUAACCCAAUUAUUUAUGUAUUAUUUAUGAUAGCUGGAUUUGGUAAUAGGAUUUGAUCUUAUACCUGAUAUUUCUUUCCAUAUGUGGAUAUAAACAAUUCUGGAGCUUUAUGCAAUUAGCAAAUUCUUGAAUUGUGUUUUGGUUUGUACCUCUCCCACCCAAACAAACAAGAAAUUCUAUUUUUGAUAGCCAGUUGUAAAAACAUUUAAGAUUUCACUAAAAUUUAAAUCUCACCCUCUCUUUUUGGGGUGAGGUCUGUCUGUACUCACAUUUAAAAAUUUUUUUGGUUGCUGGUAUUUAAAGAAAUCAAACCUGAAAACCAAAGCCUAAUUCACCAACAAAACUAAUGUGUUCAUUUUCUUUCAUACUCAAGGCCUUGGACUUUUAGUUCAUCAGGUGAUAUUUUACAAAUUUUAUUGAUAUAAAAAUAUCUUGUUUACUCUAAUUUGACAAAUAUAUAAUAUUCUGAGUAUCUUGAAAUAGUCAUUUAAUUGAAAUGUAGUGUGUAUACUCUUAAUGGUAUACAUCUUUUACAACUUUAUUUUUAGAUUUGUUAUUAUCAGGGAUGGAGUAUGCCAUGGCCCAGAGAGACUAAGGAUAAUAUUCAAGAGAGGGGUGAAGGAAAUAGACUCUCUGACCAAACAAGGGAGAACACAGAGGGAUUCAGUGGAAUAGGAUCCAAUCCCUCGUUAGCCCCACACAACAGUGGGGAGGUCAGGAUUAGGAGCCACAUCUUAGUUUGAGAGCAAGGUCAAAACUGGGUUCUGUUUUUUCUUGAAGGGGAUGGGGCACAGAUUCACCAAAGAUGAAAGAGCUGAGGGGCAUGCAGCAGCCGGGUUGGGGCAAAAGUCCAGGUUGAGCUACUCCAGAGCACUAAUAAGUUGUAGUACUACUGUCUGUGCUUUGGAUGGUGGUAAAAUUGACAGCUGUCUGGUUAACAAUUACUUUUUAAAAUUGUUAAUUAGGACCAAAGGAAAACAAGAUUUGGGUAGUCUGACUUAGUUUUUAAACAAUAGUAGACAUUGAAGCCAAAUUUGUUGAUAAAUUUAUAGUGUGGUAAAUGGUGAUCUUUAGAAGUAUAUCAUAUUCUCUUACUAAUUUGUCAUUUAAGAAUACAUUGUCUGGGUGUUAGCCCUGAUCUUAAUAUAAAAAUGAGAAAAAGGCUGAAGUGAAUUUCUUGGGAACUUAAAAUUGUGUCUCGGAGUUAUAAUGAAAAGUUCAAGGUCUGUGAUCCUUAUUAAUGUUUUUAAUGGUUUUCAUCUAUGUAGUGCUAUCGAUGAGCUAUAGGUUCUUUUUGCAUCAAUGUAGGUAAUAUCUCAAAUACUUCCUGAGGACCUAUGCAGGAGUCUAGGGCUCUGUACCAGGUGCUGGACUAUGGUACUAAAUCCAGUAGGUGGGCUGUAUAGUAACUUCCUUGGGUGACACACCCGGUGGAAGAGCUGAGCUCAGUCUGGACUGAGGUCUGAGCAGGUGGCAUGGAUGCCUCCAGUCUAUUCAGGGAAUGAUUCCAGUGACAGUAAAAACCCAACCGAUAGGAUUUAGACUAUGCUUAAUUUUUGUUCUUUUAAUGUUUCAUUUUUUUCCCACUAAUGUUUUCUUUAUCAGUUCUAGUGAUGCCUAAUUCAAAACUGGGUUUAAAAACUACAAAAAGAGGAUUGGAUCUUGAAAGCUUUUAGGCUCUGAAGUAAUUUGGUUUUUUGUUUGUUUGUUUUUGAUACAAAGGUUUUAGAUAAUCAUGAAUAGAAUCAUUAAUUUGAAUGCUAAUAAUAAGAAUGAAAAUGAUAAUGUAACAGGUCAAAAUAAUACUCAGCUGGUUUAUCAUAGCCUAUUAUUAAAGUAACAUACAAUUGAAAACUGUAAGUUAAAAGGUACAUUUUAGUUUUUUUUAAAUUAGUAACAGGAAUGGAGAAUUUAGAUGUGGGAGUGGGGGAGAUUUAUUUUUAUAAGGUAAUUUUUAUCCUGACAAGGACUAUUUUUUUAAAAAGUGCUUUGCACCUUAAAUUUUAAAGUAAACAUGUUGAAUACAGUUAAGAAAGUUAAAUGAGCAUUUAACUUAUACUAAGUAGUGGGGUUUUUGGUAAUUUCUUUUUUCGGUGAUAUAAAAUAGGAAGGAGAUACUGAAUUAUGAAAACUGGAAUAAUGAAGGACACUAAAUGUCUUUACUGGAAAUACCAUGUUUAGAAGUCUACACUGGAAUCCUGUGUAAUCUUUGUUGGACUUGAAUUAUAACUCUGAAAAAGGCCAAAUAAUUAACAAUCUUAUUACAAAAUACCAAUCACUAAAUUUCUAACUGAAGGUUUUUUUAGUUGGCAAACAGACAAGCAGCCUAAGCUAGAAAGGAUCUUUAACUGAAGGUUAAAUAUCACCUUCCCCACCCCUAAAAUAGUAAGAUACUUAGAGUCAAACAACUGUUGGCUUUUCCAUUCAAAUCAGCUGGGAAGUUACUAUUUGAAUUCUGAUGCUGCCAUGAUUUCUCAAAAAUUAGUGUGAACAAACCAAUCUAUAUGAAAUGCUACUUUUUUCUCCUUUGCAGUUUUAUUUAUAGAUCAAGACAAUAUCAAGGUGACAGGUAAAUGAACUCAAAUUCUCAGUCUCGUCUAUUCACUAAAAAAGUACACUACCUUUCAGUUAUUCAAGGUCAAUGACUUUUAGAAACAUGUUUUAUACCACAUUUUUUUUUUUUUAAAUUAAAGCAAGUGCCUUGAUGCUAUUUUACAUAAAUCAUGCUAAACCUCUGUGGGAUUGAGGAUGAGUUGUUGAUGGAUUGCAGCCUACUGCAGGAGAGGGGCAGUUGGUUAAUAGCAGAUCUUUUUCUUCUGGAAAGAUAUGUUCAUGAUGUUUACUAUGUAAGAUCCUACAUGUGUUGAGAUCUGGAGGUGUCAUUUCAUUUGUUUGCUAAUAAAUUGUUAUGCUAAUAAAAUAUUUCUCUGUGUCUAAA